AUGUCCUACGAAUCAGUAAAUAAUUUUUAUUCCAAUCCUAAUGCUCGAACUCAACAAACGAUGAUGGUGAAUCAAAUUCGAGGCUCAACUAAUUAUGGUGUAUCAACAUCACAGCCUCCAAUGACAAAUCAAUAUCAGUCAUAUCCACCACAUACUUCUCAUCAAACAUUUUCACCUUAUGAAAGAUGUGAAUCACGUUCAAGUGGUUAUUAUGCAUCUAAUACUGGUGCUUAUGAAUAUCAGCAGUCAUCAAUAGGACCAACUUCUUAUGGUGAAAAUCACCUUCAGUCAUCAUCAUAUUUAUCGAAAGAUAGUAAUUUAUCUUCAUCAAUAAAUGAUUUAAAUUCAAGAACAAGAUCGAAUGAUUAUCAGAAUAGUAACACGAGUACACCAGCAAAACAAACACCUCAAGGAAAUUUUGGUUAUAAUAAUACUUCUUUCAUAUCAACAACUCAUCCAUCAUCAAAACAACAACAAACAUAUUUUACCUAUUUACAACAACAAGAUGAUAUGUAUGAUAGCAAUAAUACACCUCAAUAUUCAUCUGGUAAUUCUGCUAUAAUCAAUUCUUGCUUUUCAACACCGAAUACCAAUACUUAUCGAUCACCAUAUCAAAAUGAAAUGAAUUCUACAACUGGAAAAGUUUUGUCUUAUCCUCAACCGACACAUUAUCCAUCUCAUCCUAAUGAAUCAAAUAAUUAUCCAUCAUCAUUACAAUCGACUUGUUCAUCCAAUAUAUCUACUAGUGUUAUUGAUUUAGAUUCAAAUUAUGCUUAUCCAUAUAAUACUCAUUCAUCAAUGUAUGUUCAAGCAUCAACAAAUGAAUAUCAUCUUUCAUCCGUUCAAGAUAAUGAUAAUAAUAUCUCUAAAACUAAACAAAUCCAAUAUAAUAUAUCUAAAUCUCCAAGUUGUACAAGCAUGUCCUCCUAUGUUCCAGAUGAUAUUGAUUCAAGUAAUUCAUCUUUUUCUGAUAGUCCAUCAAUAUCAAAUGAAAAAAUUUAUCAAAAACGUAAAAUUCAUCAAACUACUUCAAUUGAAGUAUUUAAUAAAUUACGUGAAAUGGGUAAUGAACAAGAACGAAAUUUAUUUGUUGAUCGUUUACAAAAAUUAUGGGAAGAACAUCAUGUUAUUUGUCGAAAAUUACCAACUAUAUCUCGACAAACUAUUGAUUUAUAUCGUUUAUAUAUUUAUGUUCGUGAACAAAAUGGUUUUGAACAAUUUUCAAAAAUAGCAAAAAAUCGUCAUUGGCGUAAUAUUGCAUCAAAAUUAAAUGUUCCAAAUACUACAACUGCACCUUUUCAUAUUAAACAAAAAUAUAUUAAUUUAAAAUUAUUUCAUUAUGAAUGUAAAUAUGAUCAUGGAGGUAUUGAUCCUGAUAUUAUAUUAGCAGAAAUUGAUAAAGCACAAGAAAAACAUUCGAAAACAAUAAAUAAGAAGAAUAAUAAAAAAUUAACAUCCGUUCAAGAUCAACUAAUGCAAUCAUCAAAUCAAUCUUCAUCAAUUGAACAAAGUAAUAUUGAUAAUUUAUCAUCACAACAAUCUCGAACAAUUGCAUCAAAAAACUCACAAUCGUCCAACUUAACUUUUACUUCACCUGUCUUAAGUAAAAAUUAUCAAUUACAACAAGUUCCUACAUUGACUAACCAACUUUCAAAAACAUCGGAAGAUUCAUCUAACGUAACUUCAAUAUCAAAAUCUAUUUCCUUUCCAAUAAAUUCUGUUGAAGCAACAACUAUUUCAUCAAAAAUUAAACGAAAAAAAUUAACCAUGAAAGACAUUUCACCAAUUGAUUCAAUGAAAUUACUUAUGUCAUUACGUGGUGGUCUAUUAGCUGGAACUACUUGGGCAUUAGAUACAAUAAAUAUAAUGUUAAGUGAUGAUCAAACACAUACAUAUUUAGAUUUAAAACAAAUGCCUGGUUUAUUACAAGCUAUUAUUGAUAUUUAUAUUAAAUGUUUAACAGAAUUAUUUGAUGAAUUUAAAAUAGAUAAUAAAGAAAUUUUAAAUGAUAAUUCAAGAAAUAAAUAUCAAUAUAAACAAGAACAUGAUUCAGUUAUUUAUCGAAUUGAAUCAAAUUAUUUAAAUAAAUAUCAACGAAAAUAUACUAAACAACAAAAUAUUAUUUAUGAACAUGUUUAUGAUGAUUGUGGAAAUCUAAAAAAUAAUCCAGAAAAUAUUUUAGAACUUCAAAAUACAGAUGAGUUAAGUUAUAUUAAAACUCAUUUUGAUCCAUUACAUAAAGAUGAUAAUUAUUAUGAAAAUCUUUAUUAUGGUCAUCAUUAUGAUGAUACAUUAUCAUCAGAUGAACAUGAUCAAGAACCAAUAAAAAAAUCUUAUAUACCAUCAUCACAUAAACAUAUUACAACAUAUGAAAUCAAUAAUAUAAAAUUUCAUGAUCAAAAUUCUGAUCUAUUAUUAAAUAUAUCAGAUGAUAAUAAUAAAGAAUUUCUUCAACGUUAUAAACGAAAAUUUCAAUCUGAUGAAAAUUCUUCUAAUAUUUAUUUGACAAAUUUAAAUAAUCAAGAAGAAAAUACAUCAACAUUAUUUAGUCGAUAUUCAUCUGGUUAUGAUCAAAUAUGUUCUCGUUGUAUAUGUAUAUCAACAAUUUUACGAAAUCUUAGUUUUAUAUCAGGCAAUGAUAUUGAAUUAGUUAAUAAUAAAACAUUAAUUCAUGUAUUAGCUCGUCUUUUAUUACUUGGACAUAGUAUUAAUCAUACUAAUAAAACAAUUUCUUUAUCAAAUGAACAAAUGAAAGAAUUAUCGAAUGAUCAAAUUAUAAAUGAUUAUUCAUCUAAGAAUGAAAAUCAAAAUACAUCAUCAUCAUCGUUUUCUUUAUCUGAAUGUUUAAUAAACAUUCGUGAAAAUACUCUAGUCACUUUAACUAAUAUUGCUAGUGUACUUAUUUUUGAUACAUAUGAUUCAUAUUUAAUAAAUCAAUUAAUUAAUGGUCUAUUAUAUUGGUCAACAUGUUAUUCAAAUGAAAUUAUUGAUUCAUUACAAUCAUCAUAUAUAUCUAUUCAACAUUUAUCUAUUGAAAUUUUAACUAAAUUAAGUGUACAUGAUAUGAAUAUGGAUUUUAUAUUAGCAACACCAUCAUUUUAUUGUAUAAUAUCUUUAUUUCAUAUUUUAACAAAUUGGUUAAAUGUAGAUAAUAUGAAUAAUAAUAUAUCAAAUUCAUAUAUAAAUUUAACAAGAUCUCAAGCAUAUAUUCAACGUGAAUUUGCAAUUGUUUUAUUAAAUGCAUUAAUACGAUGUGAUUCAAAUAAGAUUAUGAAAAAAAAAACUUUAGAAUUAAUAACACGUUAUGGUUCAGAUUAUGUUUUAAAUUUAAUAAAUAAUCAAGAAACAGAACAAAUAUUAUUUACAACAAAUGAUAUGUUAAAACGUGCAGCAACAUGUUUAUUAUCAAUGAUUAAUUAUACAGAUAAUAUUAAAAUAAUGAAAAAAUAUGAAGAUCGUAUUUUAAAUUUAUCAAUAUCAAAUAUUAUUGAUCGAAAUAUUGGACGAAUUCUUACAGAUAUUUUACAUUAUUGUUCAUUAUACAACAGUUAA